AUGACAGAAUUUGCACACGAAAGUAUAGUGGACGGUUGGUUCCGUGAGGCUAAUGAGAGUUGCUUCCCAGGGCAAGCUUUUACUUUGAAAGUGGAAAAGAUCUUAUAUCAUGCUCAUAGUGAAUUUCAAGACAUUUUAGUCUUUAAGAGUACCACUUAUGGUAAUGUCUUAGUCCUUGAUGGGAUAAUUCAAUGUACCGAACGUGACGAAUUUGCAUAUCAAGAGAUGAUUACACAUAUUCCAUUAUAUUUGCAUAAGAACCCGAAGAGAGUCUUAGUCAUCGGUGGAGGUGAUGGUGGUGUUGUUCGUGAAUUAUUAAAACAUGAAUGUCUAACCCAUAUUACUCAAGUAGAAAUUGAUGAGACAGUAAUUAAAUUAGCUCGGAAAUAUUUCCCAGGCAUGUCAUAUGGAUUAGAUAAUCCUCGAGUACAAAUAAAAUUAUGCGAUGGAUUUAAAUAUUUACAAGAUUUAGCAAAUGCAUCCGUUGAAGAAAAAUACGAUGUAAUCAUUACAGAUAGUUCAGAUCCCGAGGGGCCUGCGGAAGAGUUCUUUAAAGAUACAUAUUUUAAAUUAUUGAAAAAUGCAUUAAAGGAUAAUGAUAGUUUAAUUAUUACACAAACUUCUGAAAAUAUUUGGUUAAAUAUUAAUUAUUUACAAAAUUUAUUAAAAGCUGCUAAAUCUGUCUUUCCAAACACAAAAUAUUGCUACACAAUGGUACCAACUUAUACAUCAGGCCAACUUGGUUUAAUGGUGUGUUCUCCAGAUGAAACAUUAGAAUUAACCUCCCCAGUAAGAGUCCCUAGUGAUACUGAACAAGAAAAUUUGAAAUAUUACAAUAGUGAAAUACAUAAGGCAUCAUUUAUACUACCGAAUUGGUCAAAUAAACUACUAAAUAAUUUUCAUUAA